AUGAAUGUUCAAAAUCUUAACCUGGAACGGGAUACCUUUAUCACACUGAUGUCACAACGCCGUAGCGGCAAAUCAGUGCUUAUCGCCAGCCUGAUUCAUUAUUUCAUGGAAGCGGCACCGCCAGACCAGCGAUGUCAUUUUGCCUAUCUUUUUAGUGCCACUGCCGCCUUAAAUCAGACCACCAACCACAGUUACAGUUUUUUUGAUCGUAAAGCCAUUUUUAAUCCCAAACCAGAAAUUAUGAAUAACUUUAUAUCCAACCUGAUCCGGUCACAGACGCAAACAAAAAUGAAGUAUCAUGUCCUGCUGGUUUUUGAUGACAUUGUGGUCACCAAGCGUUACGAAGUCCUGGAAUGGUUAGCUAGUGCUGGUCGGCAUUAUAGUAUUACCGUGAUCCUUAGUAGUCAGAUCAGUAACAACGCCGUCAGCCCGACUAUUCGUAGCAAUGUGGAUUAUAUUUUCUGGCGUAAGUUAGGUAAAGCCGCGAUCCAAAAUAAUAUUUUCCCGUUUAUGAGCAUCUCCGAAUUUGAGGAUUAUAAACAGCUGCAUGAGUUUACCCUGGCAAACACCCAGGACUACCAGUUUGUUUUUUACAACAACUGCACUGAUGCAACUGAAGACAAGGUCAAGGUAGUCAAGGCUUAUCCCAUCCCUGAGCAUUACCGCUAUACGAUCAGAGCUCCCAGUCAGCAGCAAAGGCGGCAACGACGUCAUGGUAAUAUAGCUAUUAGGUGGUAA